AUGAAAAAUUCAAGUAGCAUUAAAGGUCUUAUUUUUAUAGUAGUGAUAGCAGUAUUAAUAGCAAAUGUUUAGAAUUGCUAGAUUAUUUCAUGCGUCAACGAAAACGAAGGAAAUGAUGGUGCUUGUUUUGACUACGAAAACAUUAAUAAAGAAAUUAAAAUGUUUCCUCAUAGCUGUUAAAACUGUCAAUUGCAGUUAAAUUCAAUCAUAAAGGAUAAUGGAGACAUUAAUUAAGAAGGUAUUGAUAGUUACGAUAAAUGCUCAAGCUCCCCUGUUUCUUUUAAAAGUUAUAAUGGAUAAUCUUGCGAAUAAAAUUCAGAUUGCAUUUCUUCCAAAUGUGAAGGCAAAAUAUGCAAGGGAAAAUCCUUAUUAGAAGAUUGUGAUGAUGAUUCACAACUAUUUUGUGAUAGUAAUCUUUCUUGCGUGAAUAAAAAAUGCUAGAAGGUAAAAUAAGAGGGUGAAUAAUGUUAAAACACGUCUGAUUGCGAUAACAAAAGUUUUUGCUAUAACAAUAAAUGUGUGAAAUAUGGUAGUUUAAGUGAUGGAGAAAAAGUAGAAGGAAAUAGCAAUAGAGUUGAAAUUAAAUGCAGUAGCUUCUUAGUUGAUAAAAAUGGUACUUGUGUUACAAAUGGAGAAAGUAUAGUAAUUUCCUCAUGCCCACUUUCAAAAAAAUGUUCAUCUGAUGAAACUUUUAGCUGUAACAUUUUUACUAAUUAGUAAGUUUCCUAAUCAAAAGGUGGUAUAACUAAGAACAUAAAGGCAUAUAUUGAACAAGUAUUGCAAAAAAUAUUAUCUUUAAAUUAGCUCUGUCCAAAUUCUUUGAAAUUUUCUCAUAGUUGCCACUUAAUAUCUGAUCAAAUAGCCGAAUUAAAUGAAAUUAAUACACUUUACUAAAAUAUUAGUAGGUUACUGAAUAUGCCAUAGUGCAUGCAAAACUAACUAAAAUAUUAAAAUCUCUAUAAACUAUUUUCAACUGAGUCCAAAUAAGUUGAAGGUUAAGUGAUAGGGGAUAUAUCACCAGAUAGUAAUUCUGAGUCAAGUAAUUAGAUGUUUAUUCUUAUACUAGUAUUUCUUGUUAUUCUUACUGCAGCUGCUGCCGGAUAUUUCUUUAUCAAAAAAAGAUCUAUUUAAAAGGCAGAAGAUCCUUAAAUAAUAUCUGAAACUUAAGAAUCUGCAAAUAAGCGUAAUAACUCUACUUCAAAAAAGGAUAAAAAUGUUAAUAUUAGUGCUUAGAAUAAAGAAGCAUUGAAUUUAGAAUAUAAUCCAACAUCAGCGAAGGGAGAUAACCAAAUCGACAUAAGUAAUUUAUAGGGGAUCUAAGAUCCUAAAAAAAAUGGGCAUUUGGAAACCAGUGUAAAUUAGAAUUUCUUUAGUAUAGACGGUGAAGAUGAAAAAGAGGGUAAAAUUGUAGAUUCCUAUGAAGAUAAUUAAAGUGAGAGUGAUAAUGGAGUAUCAUAUGAAAAUGUGUUUAACAUAGAAGGUGAAAAUAUAGAUAAACCAAACUCAUAGAGAAAAAAGAGACGUUAAACAAAUAGGAAGAAAAUAGUUAAAAAAGACUCUGAAAAGAAAUAUGAAGUAGUAGAAGAAUGA